AACCUGGAGUUGAGAACGGCUCGGCCAGACGAACCAUGCGCUCCUGGUACCAGCUGCGAUUCGAAGUCACAGAGAUUCCCUCCAACAUUUCCAGCAACACCCAAUGCCUGUCAAGGCUCAGGAACAGUGGGGAUAUUUACAAGUAUGCAGCAGCGGAUGGCCAUUUCAGAUCCAAUCUACAACAACCAGAUGCAAAAUAAGCUUGGGAUCUUGUAUAGACAUUCUGUACACUAAACCGUUUGCUUCUUGCAUGAAAAGAAAAUCCCCGACUUGAGUGAGUAAAUGGUCAUGGCCUUGUUGACCUCCGUCGAUCAAUGAUAAUACAGAGCUGAAAAAGUGACAAUGAUCCCCCUCCACAUCGCCGACACACAACACCACUGGCCACUAACGACUUUUCACUAAGGAUUUCUCUUCAGUGAUGACGUCCCUGUGAUCAGUGCAACGCUGACAGAUGAUGUAACUGGCUGUUUCUGACUCACCAGGGAAGUUAAGCAGACGCAGAUCAGAGUGAUUCCCCAGGGCGCCCUCACCAGCCUGCAGCACCUCAGGAAACUUAUCAUAUCGGAGAACGAAAUGCUGGAGAGUAUCGGUGCGUUUGCCUUCGCCGGCCUCCCUCGGCUCACUGACAUCUUCAUCUCUGAAAAUGUUGCUUUGGAGAGUAUCGGAGCUUUUGCUUUCUCCAGUCUCCCUGAACUCACUGAGAUAACCAUAACAAAGUCAAAACACCUGAGUUACAUCCAUCCAGAUGCAUUCAGGAACAUUAUGAAACUUCAGUAUCUGACCAUCUCCAACACCGGACUGAGAAUUUUUCCCGACUUCACCAAGAUCCACUCCACAGCCCAAGGCUUUCUCUUUGACCUGCAGGAGAACAGCCACAUACUGAGCGUCCCCGCCAAUGCCUUCAGAGGCCUCUGCACUCAAACUAUCAGGGAGAUACGGCUCACCAGAAAUGGCAUCAAGGAGGUGGCAAGUGACGCCUUCAAUGGCACAAAGAUGUACAGAUUGUUCCUAAGAGGCAACCAACAGCUUACUCACGUCAAUCCCAACGCCUUUGUGGGUUCCAGUGAGUUGGUGGCACUGGACAUCUCUCACACAGCCCUCAGCUCCCUGCCGGACUCCAUCCUCAGUGGACUUCAAAAGCUGAUCGCAGAGUCUGCCUUCCACCUGAAAGAACUUCCUCCUCUGCACCUCUUCACCAAGCUGUACCAGGCCAAUCUAACAUACCCGUCACACUGCUGCGGCCUCCAAAACAUACACAGGAACAGAUCGAGGUGGAACGCCCUGUGCUCCCACCCCAAGGCUUCGAAUGACAUUCAUUUCUUCAGAGACCACUGCUCCAACUCUACUUCCAUCACCUGCAGCCCAACACCGGACGAUUUUAACCCUUGUGAGGACAUCAUGUCUGCCGUCUCCCUACGGGUCCUCAUCUGGAUCAUCUCUAUCCUCGCACUGCUGGGGAACUCAGUUGUACUCCUUGUUAUGUUAGGCAGCCGCUCCAAACUGACCGUUCCUCGUUUCCUCAUGUGCCACUUGGCCUUUGCUGACCUCUGCAUGGGCAUCUACCUGGCAGUCAUAGCAACCGUAGACAUGCUCACUCGCGGCCGGUACUACAACCAUGCCAUAGACUGGCAGAUGGGCCUGGGCUGCAGUGCUGCUGGAUUCUUUACGGUGUUUGCCAGUGAACUGUCAGUGUUCACAUUAACAGCGAUCACCCUGGAGCGCUGGCACACCAUUACACAUGCUCUGCGGCUCGACCGUAAACUCCGCCUGAGACACGCCUGUAUCGUCAUGACAGCAGGCUGGAUCUUUUCAUCUCUGGCCGCUUUGUUGCCCACAGUUGGGGUCAGCAGCUACAGCAAGGUGAGUAUCUGUCUGCCCAUGGACGUGGAGUCUCUGGUGUCUCAGGUCUAUGUUGUGACUCUCCUCCUCCUCAACAUCUUGGCCUUCUUCUGUGUGUGUGGCUGUUACCUCAGCAUCUACCUGACUGUCCGCAACCCCUUGUCAGUGCCGGCCCAUGCCGACACCCGUGUGGCCCAACGCAUGGCCGUCCUCAUCUUCACUGACUUCGUCUGCAUGGCUCCCAUCUCCUUCUUUGCUAUCUUAGCCGCCCUGAAGGUCCCUCUCAUCACCGUCUCAGAAUCUAAACUCCUGCUGGUCCUCUUCUACCCGAUCAACUCGUGCUCCAACCCCUUCCUGUACGCCUUCUUCACCCGCACCUUCAGACGGGACUUCUUUCUCCUCGCAGCUCGCUUUGGCCUGUUUAAGACCCGGGCGCAGAUUUACCGGACGGAGAGUUCGUCCUGUCAGCAGCCGGCGUGGACCUCCACAAAGAGCGGCCAUGUGAUGCUGUACUCCUUGGCCAAUGCAUUGAGUCUUGAUGUGAAACAAGAAUGCUAACUGUCUUUGAAAAAUCCAGACGUUUUGCUGGAUUGUCAGCAGGAGGGUCAUAUUUCUCUCCCCAGAGAGGUCCUAUUUCUCUCAGACAAAUAAAGCUAAUUCUUCUUGGCGCUGAUUGAGAUAUUGACAAAAUAUAAUGCAUGAACACACUUAAAGUUAGAAAAAUUUGACUUUGUAUAAGAGGUCCUCUUGUUCUCUCUCACAUGUUGUUGAGAUAUAGAAUCACAUUCCUAAAUCCUGAAAAUGAGGCCCCAACUCAUUAUUGUUAUUAUUUGGUCAGCAUCGAAUUUUUGUUGCUUUUUAUGUAUCUCAAAUAUGUUGCCAAUAUCUUUGACCAGACCAUCAGCCACUGACUCUUUGGACUCAAGAUCUGAACCACAAGGGCACAACUGUCAGUGUCCUUCCGAAACCGUGUGUGUGUGUGUGUGUGUGUGUGUGUGUGUGUGUGUGUGUGUGUGUGUGUGUGUCGUCUUUUAGCUGCUCCCAUUAGGGGUCUCCACAACAGAUCACCCAUCCAGCAUAGGUUUUUAUGACGGAUGCCCCUUCCGCAAGGGAGAGAAACGCAACCUGGGUUUCGGGGGAGCUGGGGAUCGGUCUGCCAAUACAGGGAUCAGCGGCCAACCUGCUCUACCACCUGAGCCCUGGCCCCCCCACCUUCUAAAACCGUGUGACCCAGCGGUAAACUCUACUCUAUGCACAAUAGCAAUCCAAUCACAAAUGGCUAGAAAACAACUGCAGGUUCUUUGAGCAAAUCUAGGUCAAAUUACUGCCCUAGAUAAUUCCUUGUUUUUGUUUUAACUUGAUUGGAGGGCCAGACGGGUGGAGUUUUACCGCAAUUUGGAUCAUGAGUAAAAUUAGAGAGACUAGGGGAAAAAGUAAACUGACUUCAUAUCAUGUACAGUCUUAGGUAACAAACAUCAUCCAUCUGGUGUGCCAAGAUAAAGAAACAAGAGAAAAUACUUUGAAGUAGCUUAGCAAAGACUUUGACGCUUGUAGAUGUCAGCACAUGCACGUCAAGAAAUCACCAUUCAGUCGACAGUCAACGUUACGAUUGAAUGAUAUUCAUUAAGAAGCACGAAGAAGGUACCUGCUUAUUAAUAUUCUCCUCAUACACGCCACCUGCUGUAGCUCUCCAUGCCUCCACAUCCCUUUCUACCCUUCAGUUUCUCUAAUUGUUUAAAGGAGGGAAAUGUAAUUAUCUUUGUAAUGUAAUUAUGUUUAUUGUUUGUAAAUGGUAAUAUUGUCACCUUUUUAUAUCCAUGUUUUUCACAAAAUGUAUCUUUGUGAUUUUUUUCGACACCAUUUUAUAACGUUUAUUAUAUCUUCUCUGAUUGAGUAGAGUUUGUAUGGUGAAUGUGAGAGUACGAAGAGUCAUAACAAAAGGAAAAACUCACACACACAUUCAAUUUAGCUGUCUUUAUCUAGAAACGCUGUCCUUCAGAGCAUCUGAAGCUUUCAAGGACAAAGUGACCCUACCAACCUCUGCUCUUUGUGCCAGGUUGGGUGGGUGGUUGUGGGAGGGGAGACUACACAGCUGCUCUCUCUGCUUAUUACAGGAGGAGGGAUAUGGCAGCUAGAUAAGGCGCGGGCCCACACGCACACACGCACACACACACACACACACACACACACACACACACACACACACACACAGAGAGAGAGAGAAGCAAGCCAGGGUUUCAAGGCUGCAGCUGCAAGAAGGAGUCCAUCUCAUUGAUAUGGAUACACUGCCUCCUACAUGCCAACAGUGUGUGUGUGGGUGCUUUUUUACUCUCUAACCACCAGGUGAUGCUACUGAUGCAGGAUUUAUCUGGAUCGCCGCUCUGUUAUGGUCUAUACAGCUGUGAACAACAAUAUACUAUAAACAUACUCACAACAAGCACUACAAAUUUGCUAUCCAACAAUUGAUAGUGAAAGCAAAGCACACAUUUACAGCAGCGCUGUUACAAAAACAUAACACCAAUGUGGAGGCUAGUUUUAACAGAACAAUAACAAUUAAAGGCACUA